AUGGAGUCCUUGAACACGUCCUUGGCUUCUUGCCGUCUGAGGAGGCCAUCCGCACGAACGUGCUCGCCCGCAGAUGGCCUGUGGGUGGGGUCCGUCGACCCAGAUCAACUGGAGUCUGUGGAGGAUCUCCGGAGCUUGGUGAACCAUCUGCUGCUCCUCCGCAGAGAUUCACCCCUCGAGAAAUGCUAUUUCACGUUCAAUGCUCAUCUCAGCAGCCAUGAUGAUGUGUCCCACGUAAACCUCUGGUUCCAGCAUGUUGUGAUGUGCAAAGUUUAUGUUCUCAGCCUCUCUAUGUUUGUACGCAGUCUGGAUGAGCCCUGUCUUCAACUAGACAACCUGCCUCUCAUCUCCCAGCACCUGAGGAGGCUGGAGCUCGCUGGUGUACAGGUCCACAACAGUUUUCUUAACUUUACAAACUGUCCAUCCUUGGAUCAUCUAAAGCUCAUGGAUUGUGAGUUGUCAUCGGUCAACAAGAUUGUGUCCGAGUCCCUGAAACAUCUUAUCAUCAUUUUUUCCGUAGGCAGCUCUGAUUCUCGCAUCAACAUUUACACCCCAAAUGUUGCCUCACUGCGCCUUGAGCAUUUUGAGGGGAGGACUCCCAUUCUUGAGGGGAUGCCCUCAUUACUUGAGGCAUCUGUCAAAAUAGCAGGGGGGUGUAGGGACCGCUGCACUAAUGCAAAUUACUUUUGGACUUGUGAUUGUGAAUCUUGUAAUAGUUCUGAUAGCACAGCCAAUGGCAACAUCAACUGUGUGCUUCUAAGAGGUUUAUUGGAGGCUAAGAGCUUGGCGUUGAAAUCUGCAUCUAACAUGUUUAUUUUUAAAAGAGAUUUGAGAUGGUGCCCUGUGUUUACAAAUCUCAAGACCUUGUUGCUGAAUGGCUACUGUGGUUUAAACAUAAAGUGGAAAUCAAACUACGUGUCAGUUCAAUGA